CUUUGUGGACGGACAGGACUGUCGGGGGGAGCGGCGGGAGCGGCGCUCACAGGGCCUCACACACACCAGCGGACAUGGCGAGGCUCCUCAGGACCGUCCGCAACCACUGGAAAAAAAGCACGUUCGGGGUCUGUGCUCUCAGCUGCGGAGCAAAGUGGGUGUACAACAGACACUGUGACAGCCUCUUGCGCAGGGCAGCAUGUCAGGAAGCAAAGGAAUAUGGGGACCAGCUUCUGCCAGUCAGUGCCAAAGUUAAGAAAGCGACAGUCUUUCUCAAUCCUGCUGCUUGCAAUGGGAAAGCAAGAAACCUCUUUGAGAAAAAUGCAGCACCAAUUUUACACCUCUCUGGAUUUGAUGUAAAUGUAGUUAAGACAGACUAUGAAGGACAGGCAAAGAAGCUGCUGGAGCUGGUUGAAGACACUGAUCUGAUCAUUGUUGCUGGUGGAGAUGGCACUCUGCAGGAGGUUGUAACAGGACUACUCCGGCGAGCAGAUGUGAAUAACUUCAGCAAAAUCCCCAUUGGAUUCAUUCCACUGGGGAACAUGAACUCUCUGAGUCAGACACUGUAUCCUGCCAUUGAUGAGAAAACCCGACACAUUGUGCACGCUACACUUGCCAUCCUGAAGGGAGAGACUGUUACCUUGGAUGUCCUGGAGAUUAAGGGUGACAAAGAGCAGCCAGUGUUUGCUGUGACUGGCCUCCGGUGGGGAGCAUACAGAGACGCGAGUAGCAAACUCAGCAAGUUUUGGUAUCUCGGGCCUCUGAAAGACAAGGCCUGUCACCUGUUCAGUAUGUAUAAGGAAUGGCCACAAGUUUACCGGGCUUCGCUGGCAUACUUGGGCCCCACAGAGAGACCGCCAGAGGAAUCUGAUGAGAAACCCCCGAGGCCAGGACUGUGGAGGCGGAUUUUGAGGAGACUGGAGUUGUACUUCUCAUCUCCAAAAGAGGCAGAACAGGUGCCCAUGGAGCCAGAGCACUGGGAUGAAGUGGAGGCAUCUGCAGUUGAAGUGACCAUAAGCACACUGAACAAGCAGAUGGACCUGACGCGUACACAAGAUGCCAUGACUGUUUGUAUUGAGCCCGCCACUCUCAGCAAAGAGGAGUUCUUAGCAACAGGGAGUCAGAAGAUCUCUGAGCCACACAUGUGUCCUGAGGGCAGCCAGAUUCUCCAAGCCAGUUGUUGCAGGCUGCAGCUUCCACAGGGAACAGAAGGCUUCUUUAGCAUAGAUAACGAGGAUUAUGAGGCCAUGUCCGUGGACGUGAAGCUGCUGCCACGUAAACUCCGAUUCUUCUGCGAUUCCAUCAAAAAGCAACAGAUGCAACGAUAGUUCCAGGUGCCGAGCCUGAUCUGUAUUAGUGUCCAAACCGUAGGUUGCUGUCAGUCGAAUUUAAAGCUUUCAACAUGAAAUGGAGUGUUUUAUUCUCGUAUACGCAGCCUUUCAAUAUAAUGAUCAGAGUUGGGUUUCACCCUGUUAAUGUAUGGAAAUGAUGCAGUGGGGGAAGAAUGAGCCCUGCCCACUCAUUUUCCACCUUGGUGCUUUCCUGCCCACAUUGCCAUCGUCCCUGCCUGGUUCGUGGGCUUGCCUCUGCAGCAGGUCUGAAAGCAGAAAAUAACAAGAGCAUUGUGAGAUUCCCAGUACGUUCAGAAAUUGUGCUUACUGCUCCUGAACAUUCCCUGUCCACAGCACUGAAUCCCACACACUACACAUUAAAUGACUGUGCAAUUGGUGAUUCAGUCUCAUACUGAGUUACACCAGACUUUCCACAGGAGGUGAAAUAGAUCUAUUUUAACAUGUCAUUGAGAUGCCUCAAAGCGCUUCACAGAAUAUACUGGAAUGUAUAUUUUGUGGUCAAUGUUCUUGUAAAUGAGAUAACUGUAACUUGCGUGUGCCUGAUAUGUAUGUCUCCAUGGUUUAAACCCUUCAGAAUGAGUUGAUGCACGUGCACAAAAAGGAAAAAGAAACUGCUCGGCAUUAAAAUUACUGUGGUAAUGAAACCUC